CCCACCCAAUAAUUAAGCGCGGAGUUGCGAGACCGGAACGGAGAAAAAGGAUGUCAUGGUGGGCUCGGUCGCUGGUGAACUCCCUGAGGGGCGACGACGAAGAGGACGAAGAAUCGGCGGAUGAAGAAACGAGUAAUGAGAAAUCGCACAUCGGAUCCCGGUCAAGAUCGCAAGAAGGUGAAAUAGACGAGAUAGAGGAGGUGAGGAUUACGCCGACGCGGGGCGUUAAAGAUGACCUCUCCGACCUCACCCAGACCCUCACCCGCCAACUCUGGGGCGUCGCCUCCUUCCUUGCCCCCACCCCUGUCGGGCCCGACGGCAGCGAUCGGUCGGUUUCCGCAAUGUCCGACGAGGCCGCCCUCCCUGCGGUGACGGCGGCGGAGUCGCCGAGGAUCGCCGGAAUUCGCAGCGAUUUUGCGGAGAUCGGUGGGACGUUCAAGAUUGGGAUAUCGUCCGUGCUGUCGCACACUAAGGCGGUGGCGGAGAUUUCUAAGAUCGCGUCUUCGCUUUUGCCGUUUGGAUCGGACGAGGAGGACGGGGAAGUUGAUGGGGUUGGAAUCGAUGCGGUUGGUGUUAAUGAGGAGGUUUUGGCUUUUGCGAGGAACAUCACGAUGCAUCCGGAGACUUGGUUGGAUUUCCCUUUGCCCCCUGGUGGCGAAGACUCUGAUGAUUUUGAAAUGUCAGAUGCCCAGCUAGAACAUGCAUUGGCUAUUGAACGUCUUGCACCUGAAUUUGCAGCUAUGAAAGCUGAGCUUUGCCCUAGUCAAAUGACUGAAGGGUGUUUCUGGAAGAUCUAUUUUGUGCUUUUGCAUUCUAGACUCAAUGUUCAUGACGCCGAAUUCCUGUCUACAUCUCAGAUUGUGGAAGCUAGAUCCAUUCUUUUGCAGGAUUUGCACGCAUGGACAAAACCAGAAUCUGAGAGGUUAGAAACAGAAGCAUCCUAUGGUAAAUAUGAUUUUGCAACAGUUCCUGUUGAAGAGAAUGUCAUGGGAUCAUCAAGCGCUGUUAAUGCUGUAUCACCCGCAGCACUCUCAUUUGGAGAACCAGCUUCUGAUUCCAUGAGAGACACUGAGACUGGAAAGCAUCCAGUCCAAACUAUAGCAUCUGAUUCCAUGGAAGAUGUCGCGACUGAAAAGUAUCCCGUACAAAUUAUAGCUUCAGGUCUUGUGGUGGAUUUUGAGACUGAAAAGCAUCCAGUCCAAACAGAUGAGGUGAAAAUUGUUGACAAAUCUGUCAUUGAAGAAGAGUUGGCAAAUCAAAGUAAGAGAAAGGAGAUAUCUAGCCAAACUUCUAGAGACCCGGUGGAGAGGUAUGAAGAAGACGGUGAUGAAUGGUUGGAGGAUGACACUGGUGAAGCAAGCAAAGGAGGGGGUCUAACUAUUCCAUUAGGGCAGGAAGACGAUGUAUCCUUCAGUGAUCUGGAGGAUGAUGACGAUGGUGGUGGUGAAGCCCCAACGAACAGCUUGAAAACUGUGUCAGUUGAUUCUCAAACAAAAGAUACUGCAAGCUGGGUUCAGCUGAACAAAGGUUCUGGGGGUUCAAUGGAAGGUGACAACUCCAUCGGUCCAAAGACUAAGUUAUCUAAUGAUUGGCUGGACGUUGAAGAUUUUGAUGUGGAAUGACAAAAAGAACUGUUUCCUUGUAAAAUUUUCACGGUGAAGAAUCAAUAUGCCUUCGUAUGCCAAAGAUCUCACUCUCUCCAAUGGCAGGUAGUAUAUGAUUUGCUUGUGGUCUGUGUACAUAAAAGUCAAGUCGCAUGCAGUAUCUCUGAAAUUUCAAAAAUCUUGCAGAUGCUUUCUGAUUGGUUUGUUCAUUGAAACAUCCUCUCCGUUGUUCCUUUUUAGGGAUAACAUUGAGUACAUUUUCUUGAUACUAUUCAGAUGGUAGUCGAAGGAAUUUGUGAAGCA